AUGCCUGGCCUUCCUACCAGUAUCGACUUGGACCAAUGUAUCGAACGACUUUACCGCAAAGAGCUGCUUGCUGAGCCAGUCAUCGAGGCCGUAUGUGCCAAAUCCAAAGAAUUGCUUAUGAAAGAGAGCAAUGUGGUUCACAUCAAGGCGCCAGUAACUGUUGUUGGAGACAUUCAUGGACAGUUUUUUGAUCUCCUAGAGAUCUUUCGGAUUGGAGGAUUCUGCCCCGAUACCAACUAUCUUUUCCUGGGUGACUACGUGGAUCGUGGUCUAUUUAGCGUAGAGACCAUCUCCCUCCUUGUUUGUCUGAAACUACGAUACCCUCAGCGAGUUCACCUCAUUCGCGGUAACCACGAAUCCCGCGGUGUCACCCAAUCCUACGGCUUCUACACCGAGUGUGCCCGCAAAUAUGGCAAUGCCAAUGUGUGGCAUUACUUUACCGACAUGUUCGACUAUCUUACAUUGAGUGUCGUGAUCAACGAUGAGAUAUUCUGUGUGCAUGGCGGCCUCUCCCCGUCCAUUCACUCCAUUGAUCAGAUUAAGAUCAUUGAUCGGUUCCGUGAGAUCCCCCACGAGGGGCCCAUGGCAGAUCUAGUUUGGUCUGAUCCCGACCCAGAACAUGAUGAGUUCUCUCUUUCCCCUCGUGGCGCAGGUUACACUUUUGGAGCGCAGGUGGUUCGCAAAUUCCUCGAGGUCAAUAGCAUGUCUCAUAUCUUGCGAGCUCACCAGCUAUGUAACGAGGGCUAUCAGAUUCUUUUUGAUGACCGUUUGAGUACGGUUUGGAGUGCUCCCAACUACUGCUAUCGCUGUGGUAACCUGGCCAGUGUACUGGAGGUAAGCGAUAGCAUGGAACGCUUCUUCAAUAUUUUUGACGCCGCUCCCGAGAAUGACAUGCAUCGGAACGAGCAACAGGCUCAGCAGAAGCGGGAUUCUCAGCCGGUGAUAGAUUAUUUCUUGUGA